AUGACAAGGAAAGUAAGCGAAUGCCAUGAAGAAACUGUCCAGUUUAUGCCAAUAGAGAAAGUAGAAAAAGAAUGUACUGCCGACAAAGAUUAUGGCAGUGGUACUACACUACUCAGACGUGGCAAGAGACUAGAAGAUAAUAACAAUUUAACAAAAGAGGACAUUCUGUAUAUUAACUACAGGCAGCUUCUGAAAUAUGAAGAGGCUCCAGUAUAUUUACAGCAUAAUCCAUUUAUUAGAGAUGGGUAUCGCAAAUUGUUGCCCACCAGACUUUGCUGGGAGAGCAUAUUCUGGUGGACGAACGAGACCAUGAACAUAUGGACACAUAUAUUCGGUUUCUUCCUACUGCUCUUCCUCACAAUAAACGAUCUCGUUAUCAUAAAUAUACACGCCACAUUAACCGACAAGACUGUUGCAGCGAUACUCUUCUCGUGUUUCCUGGUGUGUAUGGCGCUAUCGGCACUCUAUCACACAUUUUCGUGUCGAUCAGAGAACGACUAUAACACCUUUCUUAUGUACGACCUCUUUGGUAUUGCGCUGUCGUUGCUCGCAAUUUACACUUCCGGCGUCUACUAUGCAUUUUGGUGCCAUCACGAGUUGAAGACGUUCUACAUGCUGACGGUGACGGUGAUAUUCUGCGUGGCGAUGGCCCUCCAAGUUCCACGCUUCAACGUGCCCUAUGCGGUCAAGAUGUGUGUGUUCAUUGGCUGGGCGGCCUACGGCGUGCUGCCUACUUUGCACUGGACCUACGUCAUGGGGGGCUUCGACAAUCCCAUGGUCCAGAUGUUCUUCCCCAGAGUGAUUGGAAUGUACGUGAUAAGUGGAACCGCUUUCGUCAUUUACGCCUUCAAGGUACCAGAGCGCUGGUUCCCCGGCAAGGUGGACUACAUCGGGCACUCGCACCAAUGGUGGCACAUACUGGUACUCGGCGCCCUCUACUACUGGCAUAACUCCGCGAUGAUCUACGUGCAGUAUCGAAUGAACCACGGCUGCGCCAACACGAUGCGGAUAUUC